GUAGCGGCGUCGCCUUUGUCGGUCAGACGCCAAUCAGAGCCCCACUCCUCCUAGGCACUCUCCCUCUCUCUCCCUUUCCAUGUCGAUUUCGAUUUCGAUUUCGAUUUCGACUUCUUCCUCGAACGCUUCGAUUUCGGGGGCCGGGCGCUAGCUUUCAUCCUCUGAUUUUUUAUUUAGUAAAACAAUCAUCUUUAUUUUCUGAGAUUUUGCGUGUUAUGACGUAUAUAUUUUUUCUUUUUUAAUUGUAGUAAAAAUACUAAAAUCUCCAUGACCAUGACAGAGAGGACGUGAAAAGAACUGACCCCAGCAGGGGAGGUGGAAGACGAACACUUUGGGGAAGCAAGAUCUUCCUUCUUCUUCACCUUCUCCUUCCUGCGCAAGUGUGAAUGCAAUUGCUCGCCUUUCGAGCUCUGGAUCCAUCGGUGCGGCCGUAGAUUCCGAUCCGAGCCGCGCCACCAUCGUCACAUGCUCAGAUCUCCGGCCCAAUCGGGGAGAUGGGGAGGCCGGUGGGGAAGCAUAAAUCUGCCAGAUUGGUGUUCGGAUGCGUCCUCCUCCUAGGGUGCGGCCUCGUUUACGACUAUUUCUGGGCUGCUUCUCCGCGCUUCACUUCUUCCUCUUCUUUUCUUUCCUCCAAUUGGGCUGCCGACAAUCCCCCCUCCAGCAUAACCGUGCCCAGCACCCCUGAUCGGAGCUCCCUCGAGGGACGACCUGCGGCGAGGGAUGAUGCUCCUGGGAGAGUCUUGUCUGCAACUUUUGCAGAUUUACCUGGGCCGGAGCUGAAAUGGGAGAGGAUGGCUCCUGCGCCGGUGCCUCGAUUAGAUGGGGCAGCAAUUCAGAUAAAGAAUCUGCUUUAUGUGUUCGCCGGAUACAGCACUAUUGAUUUUGUGCAUUCUCAUGUUGACAUAUUCAACUUUUCAGAUAAUACUUGGGGAGGAAGAUUUGACAUGCCAAAAGAAAUGGCUCAUUCACACUUGGGAAUGGUGACAGAUGGGAUAUAUAUAUAUGUGGUCACAGGACAAUAUGGUCCACAGUGUCGUGGACCUACAGCACACAAUUUCGUGUUAGAUACUGAGACCAAGCAGUGGCAUGACUUGCUCCCUUUACCGGUUCCUAGGUAUGCACCUGCAACCCAACUUUGGAGAGGUAGACUUCAUGUGAUGGGAGGCAGCAAAGAAAAUAGGCAUACGCCUGCAGUUGAGCACUGGAGUCUUGCUGUGAAGGAUGGAAAAGCAUUGGAGACGGAAUGGAGGAAUGAAAUAACAAUUCGUGGAGGACCUCAUAGGGCCUGUGUUGUGGGUGACCGAUUGAUGGUUAUAGGUGGUCAAGAAGGUGAUUUCAUGGCAAAACCUGGAUCGCCUAUUUUCAAAUGCUCCCGUAGAAAAGAGGUUGUUUACGGCGAUGUUUACAUGCUGGACGAUGAGAACAAGUGGAAAGUAUUACCUUCAAUGAUAAAGCCAAACUCCCACAUCGAGUUUGCUUGGGCUCAUGUUAAUAAUUCUCUUAUCAUUGCUGGAGGCACAACGGAGAAGCAUCCCGUGACAAAGAAGAUGGUGCUUAACGGGGAACUGGUUCAGUUUAAUUUAGAUACACUGAAAUGGUCUGUGAUUGGUACUCCUUACCGUGUGAAGACUACACUUGUUGGGUUCUGGGAUGGGUGGUUUUACUUCACAUCAGGACAGCGAGACAAAGGACCGGCUGAUCCAUCACCAAAGAAGGUCAUCGGAGAGAUGUGGAGAACCAAAUUAAGAUUGUAAUUUUUUGUUUCCGACUGAUUCUUUUAUUGGGUACUUGGGAUGCAAUUUUUUGGUUAUGAUGCGUUAUGCCUAGUUCAGUGGGAACAAGGGGCGGGAAUGGUGUCUCCCCUAACCAUGUAUAGAAAUGCAGGCUUCACGGGACCAAUACUGUAACUGUCUUAAGUUCUAGUGUUAUAUCUCCAUUGAUUCUUGAGGAACCAUUCUGGUAUGAACUACUUCGUGAUGAAAUUGUCCAUUGGAAUUUGACGCA